GCUGCCCCCUCCCCUCUCCAGUUCAUCAUGGCGGACGCGUCGCCUCGCUGGUUCGUCGCGUCGCCCGCGCUGCUCGCCAAGGAGCUGGCGCGCACGUUCCGCGCCUUCGGCCGCCUCAAGCAGCACUUCCAGAACAACCUCCAGGAGACGGAGGAGUACUUCGCCGAGCUGCAGGACUGCGGCCACUACGACGAAGACCAGCGAAGCUGCAUCUCUUUCCCGGCGCACGAGCUCGCCUACCUCCACUCGGUGGCCGACUGCGCGCCGUGCCUCCUCAUCGCCGGCACCAGCGACGGCGCCAAGCUGCGCGCGCUCGAGUGCAUCCUCGGGGAGCGCGUGCUGCCCGACCUUCCCUCGGAUGCGGACAAUGCGAGCGGCGGAACGGCCGACGGCGUCGGGAACGGCAAUGGCGGCGGCGGCGGCGGCGGCGGCGGUGGCGGCAGCGCGGGAGCGGCGUGCCGGGCAACCCGGCUGCGGCACGGCACGGAGCGCCGCGCCAGCCUCGUCCUGCCGGGGCAGUUUGAGCUGCUGCAUCCGCAGCAGGCCACGCCGCCGCCGCAGCAGCAGCCUCUGCAGCAGCAGCCGCAGCAGCCUCUGCAGCAGCAGCAGCAGCAUCUGCAGCAGCAGCAGCUACAGCAGCAGCUGCAGCAGCAGCUGCAACAGCAGCUGCAGCAGCAGCAGCACGAAGACGACGACUGGGAGAGGACGCCCGCUGCUGUUGCUGCUAACGCCGCGUAUCUGCGCAUGCUCCAACCCGAGUGCCAAGACCCGGCGUUCCGGCAAGCUCAGCUGGAGCUCAGCCUGCCGCACCCGCUCCUCAAGGAGGUGAGCGUGGUGCUGGCGCCGUCGCGGCAGCUGCAGCCGCUCACCUCUGCGCUGGAGGAGCUGCGCAGCCACCUCCUCCCCGUCCUCCUCUACGCCGUCGCCUCCGAGCGGCUGUCCGAAGCCGACGCGCUCGAGCUGGCGCGCCUCAAGCAGAACUUCUCCGAGCCGGUCUUCUUCCUGCGGCUGCCCCCCGCGCCCCCCGCGCCCCCCGCGCCCGCCGCGCCCCCCUACGCGCGCCUCACCACCACCUACGCCAAACUGGAAAGGGACCUCCCGAGCGCCGGCAACAGCUGCGGCGGCACGGUGCUGCACCGGCAGCUCGUCGGGCUGGACUACCUGGGCGGCACGACGGCGGGCACGUCGGCGGGCCGCGCUCACAGCGCGCUGACGGACUGCGCCGACCGGCUGCCGCACUUCUCGCGGCUGGCGCUGCACGCGCGGCUCGUGGAGGCGACGGGCGUGCUGGGCGGGGUGCACGCCCGCGGCCUCGACCUCUUCAUCAGCCACGCGUUCGACAUGGCGCGCGACCUGCAGAUCACGCCGCGCCGCCUGCAGUACACGCGCGCCAAGGAGGAGGAGCUGUACGCCUCGCUGCUCGAGAUCGCCAACGAGAAGCAGGAGGAGAUCCGCCAGAUGAUCGUGGACACGCUCGACAGCAUGCGCAAGCAGCUGCUGGAGGAGGCGGCCACCACGGAGUUUGCCGACGUUCCGGUGAGCAACGGGGAGCCGGGGAGCGGACGAGGCGUCCAGCGCUGCUCCAAGCACAUCCAGGAGCUGGUGCUGAAUCGUCUGAAGGAGGCGGUGGCCAGCAAGCUCAUCGCCUCGGUGGACUACCUGCGCGAGAGCUUCGUGGGCACGCUCGCGCGCUGCCUCGACUCGCUCGAGAAGUCGGGCGGGGACGUCACCAGCAACAGCCUCACCAGCUCGCACCUCAAGCAGAUCUUGAACGCGGCCUACCACGUGGAGGUCACCUUCCAGUCGGGUUCCUCCGUCGCCUACAUCCUCUGGGAGCAGAUUAAGCAGCUGAUCCACAGCCUCACGUGGACGACGCCGCCGGCGCUCACGGCCGAGUGGAAGCGCAAGGUGGCGCAGGACACCAUGGACAGCCUCAGCGCCUCCAAGCUCGCCAAGAACAUCUGCAGCCAGUUCCGCGCGCGGCUAAACCACUCGCACGAGGCCUUCGCGUCCUCGCUGCGCCAGCUGGAGGCGAAACAUUCGGGCCGCCUGGAGCGCACGGAGGAUAUGUGGCUGAGGGUGAGGAAGGACCACGCUCCACGCCUGGCCAGACUGUCGCUCGAGAGCCGCUCGCUCAGAGACAUCCUCCUGCACGGCAUGCCGCGGCUAGGCCCCGAGCUGGGCCGCGGGCAGUACGGCGUGGUGUACGCCUGCCACGAGCCGUGGGGCGGCCACGCGCACUGCGCCCUCAAGUCGGUCAUCCCGCCCGACGACAAGCACUGGAACGACCUGGCGCUCGAGUUCCACUACACGCGCUCGAUGCCGCGGCACGACCGGCUCGUGUCUCUGCACGGCUCCGUAAUUGACUACACGUACGGGGGCGGCUCCAACAUGGCCGUGCUCCUCAUCAUGGAUCGGCUGCUCCGCGAUCUCUACACCGCCAUCAAGGGGGGGCUGGUUUUAGCGGCUCGGCUCCGGGUGGCGCUGGACGUGGUGGAGGGGAUCCGAUUCCUGCACAGCCAGGGCCUUGUCCACCGAGACAUCAAGCUGAAGAACGUGCUGCUGGACAAGUCAAACCGCGCGAAGAUCACCGACCUGGGAUUCUGCAAACCCGAGGCGAUGAUGUCGGGCAGCAUCGUGGGGACGCCCAUCCACAUGGCUCCGGAGCUCUUCUCUGGUGAGUUCGAGGGCAAACUAACAAGCAAGUACGACAACUCAGUGGACGUGUACGCGUUUGGCAUCCUCUUCUGGUACGUGUGCGCCGGCGCCGUGCGGUUGCCCGAGGCCUUCGAGCGGUGCGCCACCAAGGAUCAGCUGUGGACCAACGUGCGGAGGGGCACGCGGCCCGAGCGGCUGCCGCUGUUCGACGAGGAGUGCUGGCAGCUGAUGGAGGCGUGCUGGGACGGAGACCCCGCCCGCCGCCCCCUCCUUGGCAUCGUGCAGCCGCGCCUCCUCAGCAUCAUGCAUCGCCUGUGCGGGUCGUAGCGUCGCCACAACCUGGUCGCCACCCUCGCCCCCUAAGCCCCCCCUCCCUCCCUCCCUCCCCCCCCCUCCCUCCCUCCUUCUCCCCGCCCCCGCCGCGCCGCCCUUCCUGCCGGCGGCCUCCUCUGCUCUCCCACCCUCGCUUUGCGCGGCCGCAUGUGACCGACCGUCCGUCCGUCCGCCGGACGUGUGCCCCGCCGGGUUUUUAACGCGGCGAGGACCGGCGGCCGUUGUCAACGAGAUGAGGGAGCCGGAGCCCGGAAAUCGGCCGAGGGGCCGGUGCCACAGCAGGCGGUGGUUGGCGGAGAGAGGAGGAAGUAGGAGCCGGUUAGCACCGCCGUUAAGCCGGAUCGGGAUCGAGCCGCUGAGCCGGGUUUCCGCCGCACCCCCUUGCCGCUGGAUCGGGCCCUUAGGCCACAUGGGGGCGUCCGUCCGAUUGAAGCCAUCUGUCAAUGUGGGACAGUGCGCCCAGGUCAAGUUUGUUCUGUUCGGAUGGGACAAUCCGCCGGGAUCAGCUUCCCUUAUCCGGAUGAGGCCUGACCAUCCAGAUUGGCCGAACUGGAUCAGCCGCAAGUGGAGAUAUAGAAACUCUCUGGACAAUACAACUUGGAUCGGCUAUUCUCUCCAGCUGCACCAUCCAGGUGUCACCAUUCUUGUGGAUUAAAUCUUUCCAUCCAGGUUGGAUUCAUCUGAAUCUCGCCAGUUUAUCUGCAUCUCGCCAAUCAUGUGGAUCUUGCCAAUAAAUCAUCACCAUCCAUCCAGAUAGGGACUAUUUCACGCGAAUGGAGUGCCUCAGUCCAACUCAACCCGUCUAGGCGGGUCAGAACCGUCGAGCCGGAUUGAGCCCCCACCAGUAGCUGGCUCUGCGCUCGGCGGCUGACGAUCGCCUGCCAUGAGAUCAGGGGGAACGCGGCACGCGCGUGGGACCGUGGGAGCGGAGCGGGCGGCUGGCACGAGAGGGGAGAGGAAGCUGGGCCGACUGCACUGGCGCGCACGCUCCCUACGACGCUCGGACGCGGCUCCCGUCGGAUUUUUCCCGAUCGUCGCCGGGCCGAGUCGCCCGGCCUCCGCCGUUUGCGCGAACGGCGAAGAAGAGAGGGCAAGCAAAAAAAAAAAUGAACGGAGCCAGGCCCGUGGGAUGAACGAGGCCGCGGCCCACCGACCCGGAACGCGGAAUAACUCGCCAGGCUUGCGCCCGCGACGCCGGCCUCUCUGGAGACGACACAAACCAGGGAGCAGGGGAAUUCCGACUGUGUCUGAGGGUCGUGGAGGAGUAGUAGGAGGAGGAGGAACAAGGCAUGGAUAGCGUCGCUACGGACCCAGGCUGCGAUCGUUAGUUUGAGCCUCCAGAGCUCGGGGUCACGUUGACGCAUUCUGUGUGUGUGUGCGCGUGCGUGGUGCUUUUUAAUUGGCCCACGGCAGAACGUACCCGCGAAGGUAAAUAAAACAUUUGCACGCGGAACUUUUGACGCGCGGCUCGGCUCGAGCGAGGAACGUCAAGCGACUUCGCCCUCUGGCGCUCCCACGGAGGAGGAUUGCUGACUCCGGUUCCCUCCAGCGCCGGCGGGGAGGCACCAGCACCCCCACCACUGGGGGAAUGACGGGGAAGGGGGGCCGGUCGGUGGGGUCGGACUAACCACGUGAAGUUCUACGUUUUCUUGCGGGGGGGGGGGGGGAGGAGAGCCCCUUUGAACUGCGCGAGUCGCACACGUGUGUAUUUUGUCACGACACGUUCAGAGCGGCCUCGCGGUGACUUCUUCCGGAAGAGAGUUUCCGUCGCGCGUUUGCCGGAGAGACGCGAGGUUAUGGUUUACGUCGGAUGUCACCCCCCCCCCCCCACCCCACCCACCUACCGGUGAACUCCGAACCUGCCCUUCCGAAAGCGAAACCGGAAAAUCGCCAAGAAAUAAGAUGAAGGUUUUACUUAUUUAUUUUUGCUUUACUCGUCAGCUCGCCAAGAUUGCGGUUCCACCUCCUCCACACGGCCACGCGGCUUCUUGGGCCUCGGUGGAGGGAGGUGGUGGCGAUCGCCGGCAAGACCGUACGACCACAAAUCUGAAAAAUCAUAAUUCACCCUGCCGCCCGCUUCAGGUUAUUCACGCUGUAAAGUUUAGCGGGAAACAAUUUACGAUGAAAAAUAAGAAUUCGUUUUACCCUUUCUCGCAAUAAAACACGUGUUAAGAUGUUCAAACACCAAAUAGAUAACUUUUGCAGGGAAUCAAGUCCACAUUAAUCACACACGGUACUUGUGGUGAACAUGCAACGUGCAAACAAACAUGCUAUGAUAAUGUAUGCAUUGCCAGUGAAACUGAUUGGCCUACACGCCAGAGACAGCCUGCUUCAUGGCCCCAGUCCCACCAGUGUCAGACCAGAGAGCGCCAAAAGGGUUACCACCUAUUCUCAUUUUUCAUCCUUUGAUUCUGGCCAAACAAAGGCCCAAUGAUAUGUUUUUCCAGUGUUCGCGCUGCCUAGCGCCACGAAUCCUGGAACGGAUUCUGACCCGUGUUGUCCUCCCCCCCCCCCUCCCUCCUCCCGCUGGAAUGGAUUAUGAUGGCCUUGGGCCUUGCCUUCACCGCCGGGCUUAAGGCCACGAACCCCGAAGCGAACGGAACGCUCCGGGCUGCCCCCAGCUGCCUGCGUCGCGCUCCGGCUCCACCGCCCAGCCGGUUCCGGGCGACGAGUUUCCCCCGUUUGGUUGUCUUCGUUUUAUCGUUACUCUUUGCUGGAUCGGCCCGUGUGUAGAUGUCAAAAUACCGUGACGCUAAAACGUUUCAGCAAUUCCUAAUAACUGCAAUAAUAGGUAGUAUUUUUUUUUUACUUUACUAUUGAGAAAAGCAGCUGUGUUUACAACAAAUAUAUAAAGACUACCUUCUAAG